ACUAAAAGUGUCAUUAUCAAAGCUAAAUGCAUACCAAACGAAAAAUAUUGCGUUUGUAGCGGAAAAAGGAUAAAAACAAUUUAAAACAUUUCUCGCGUAUAGUUUCUGUAUGCAAAUCAUUGCCUAAAGAAAUAAAUCACAUUUUUUGCGACAUUACAUUUUGAACGUAUUUUUCCUGGAAUUGAGGCAAACACAAAAUACAAUAAGAAAGAUUUUGCUUAUGUCAGGCAUAUUUUCAUCGGUGUACUUUUCAUUUGCGAUACAAUCUAAGUAAACGUUGUGAAAUUUUGUUUGUCGGAUAAACGUUUUUAGGUUACAUUUUUUAACGAAUUGUUUUUUUUUUGCGACAUUGACUGGAGGCAUUUGAUAUAGUUUUAAGGGCUUGUGUUUUUUUUUAACUUUCGGGUAGUAGAUACGUAAGUACAUUGUAAAUGCACAAAAAAUGCCGAAUCCAAACCAAGAAGCCGAAGAGCAAGUUGACUUGCCUGACGAUUUUUUCGCGGAUCUCGCCGACGAACAUUUUAUUGAUAAGGUAAUAGAAAAGGGCGUGGUAGAUGAAAGUGAUGACGAUUUGAUGUCCUAUGUAAACGAAAUCAAUCGGCUACAAAAUGAUAUUAAAAUACGAAAACAAAAAAUAAAAGAAACCGAAGCCAAUUUGAAAGCACGUGAUGGUCGUCGCUCAUCAAGAUCACGUAGUCGUUCAAAUUCACGGUCCCGCCGGCGCCAUCGAAUUAAAGGAGAGGGAAGCAAACGAAGACGAUCACGUAGCUCCGAUCGAAAAGAUCGACGAAGAUCGAGAAGUUCCGAACGUAGUCCACCAAGUACGUCAAAACAAGGCCGAUUUGAUGAAUACAUAAGGGAGAAACGGUAUCCAUUGUCACCGAUACGCGGAAGACAAGUUCGUCGAAGUCGUAGCAAAUCACCAAUGCGUCCUCAUACCAAACGUUCAUCAUCUACCCAUCGAAAUUUAUCAUUUUUAGAUGAAUUGGCACAAACGUUUGCAAAAAAAGGACAAGCAUUUCCAGAACGAGAUGCACUUUUAAUGGGAGGCCAUGGUCAUAUGAACAAUGCGAUCGGCAUGGAUCAACCGAUGCCAAUGGAUUUUGGAAAUGUCGCACCAUUUGAUCAACAAUCAAUGAUUCCCAUGAAUUUUCCACAACAACAACCAAUGGGUUUUGGACAAUCACAAAAUAUGUUUUAUGGCAUCAAUCCGAUGAGCAUCAUGGCUGGUAACGCAAUUCUCCCGCAACCGACACCCUUUCCGGCACCUAUACAACUCCCUGAAGUGACGCCCAAUCCACUAUUACAACAACAAGCCGACGACAUGUCGGCGAUUACGUCGAACAAUCAAAAAGCAUUAAUUGAUCGUUGUGAACAAGCAAUCAAACUAAUUCGAGCAAAGGAUAAUAAAGUGCCGGUGAUGAAGUUUCAAUACAAUCGUACAUCGAUGGUUAUGUCAAAUGAUGUGGCCGGCAAAACGGUUAGCAGUUCACCACUUCAAACACAUUCCGCUUUAAAUGUAACAUUCAAAAUGAAUGCAAAAUCAACGAACUUACCAUUGACAAAUAACGGUUUGAAAAUGUUACCAAAACGCGUUAAAGAUGUUGCACAAUCGCUUGGAAUCAAUAGCAGUUUUUUAUUUGAAAAAAUGCGAACAAAAGAACUGAACGCACAAAUCACCGAACAAAUUUACCGAAAUGCCGAAUUGGAUGCGGAGCCGCCCAAAACUGGUGAAAUUUUAAUCCAAACAAAUACCAUACCGCAUCCAAUAAUUGAAACUGCCGAAAUUGGCAUACAAACAACCAAAUAUGAAUGUACUCAAUGCACUGAACGAAAAAAACGUACAAUGGUUAAUGCGAAUUCGCAGACAUUCUUUCGUGGUAUUUCGAUUGGCGUUCAAACAAACGAAAAAGAUUAUCGGGAGCCAAUCGUUGAAAUAUUAAGCCGAAUGACGGCCGCACAACUGGUGGCCAUCAAAGAUUUUGCAAAUAUUUUCGAUGAGCCCCGUCCACGCAACACAGAUGAAAUGUAUAAAAUGCGUGAACGAUUAAUGGAUAUUUAUAGUUUGUCGCAACGUGAUGCCGAUAUUGUAAAUGCUGUGGAGGACAAUCGUAUCGAUGAUUCGCCAUCAUUUAUGGAACAAUCUUACAGAGGCAGGGCCGAUAAGUAUGAUGGCGAAGGAUCGUCAAGGGAUUUUAGCCGCCGUUCAAAUAGUCCACGUUUCAAUGGAAGUAAUAUGAGCGGUAGAAGUUUUGAAAAUGAUCGCAGUGCAAUUGAUGACAGGCAACGCUUUAUGAUGACCGACGAUCGAUUUCGUGGAAUAGAUGGCCGUGGAACAGACAGCCCAUAUCACCAACGAAUGCGCAGCCAAGACAAUGAUGAAGACAUGCAGCGGAAGAGAUAUCUCGAGAUGGAACGUCAAAGAGAACUUGAACUGGAAAUAAGCCAACGUCGCUAUGAAGAACAACGCCGGAUGGAACAAGAACGUUUAAUUACAAUGCAGCCCAGUUUUCAACAACGAAACAUGCCAGCAGACGAUGACCUGAUGUUUAGAGACCAAGAUGACCGAGAUGUGCAGCAACGUCCAAACAUAUUCAACAGCAACAGCGGUAAUUUUGGCAACCGAGCUGGGGUCGGUACUAUGAAUAAGCGGGGACGUGGUGCAUUCCGUGAUAAUUUCCGAGGACGCGGAGGAGGACGCCGCUGAAUCACAAUCGAUUUUCUUAUUUCUUUACAACCAAUCAAAUGCUGCAACGAUUAUGGAGCGAUGAAUUAAUAUAUACCAUUGUUGGAAUAUUCCUCUUACAAAGUAGAUUUACCGCCAUAUUAAUAAGUAAAAGAACAUUAAGGUUGAAGUCAUGACAUUUCAUUUGGUACAAUCAACAAUUUAUUUUCAGAAAUGUUUCUUUUGCCUUAUUUCCGAAAACAAAACUGUUGUAACAAAAGAACACAUUUUACUGUUUAUCCGAAUGUAUCGAAACAUGACAAUAUCGUUAUGAUAUAAAACAAAUAUUUUUGAUUCUUUCUCGAUGAUAUGAAAUUUGUCUGAAAGAAGCAAAAAAACGCAUUUAAUAACACAUUUGGUCAGAAAAUGUUUUUUUCUUUAAAAUCUUGAACCAAUUGUAAUUUUCUUUUCAUCAAAGCAUACUUAAAAUAAAGAAUACAUUUCAUAAAAACAGAAGAAACCUUUGGGUUUUUAAUAAUCAGUGGAACCAUAUCGAAGCUAGGAAAAUUGAAAUGAAUUUGAUAUGGUGACUUUGAUUAUACGACUUUUUUAUUUUGAAAAAAGAAAAACACUUUUAUUGCUUUGAGCCUUUCUCUUCUGCAUCAUGGUCAAUUGAUGUUCUUACCGAAAAAUGUGCUCAAAGCGUAUAUUUUCGA